GAGGGAAGGGGAGGGGGUCGGAGGCGGGCGUUUGGAGGUGAAGAAGAAAAACGGAGAUGGCGAAGAGGAGGGCGGGCGGUAGCGAGUCGGCGGUGGCGGCGUCUUCCUCCGCCGCCUCGCCCAUAAACAAUCUGGACGACGGAUGCCUCAUGCACAUCUUUAGCUUCCUCAGCCCCAUCCCAGAUCGGUAUAACACUGCCCUCGUUUGCCACAGAUGGUGCUACCUGGCAUGCCACCCUCGGCUAUGGCUGCGCGUGGAGAAACCCAUGAAAAACAUAGCUGAGCCUGGAGUAUUCAUCAAUCUUGAGGCUGCAAUAUCUGCUGCAAGGCCUGGUGAUACCAUCCUGAUUGCUGCUGGUGGGGAUCAUGUUGCUUCUAACAUCCAGAUUCAAAAGCCUCUUUGCAUUAUGGGUGGUGGCGAAAUUCCAGAUGAUACCAUAUUGACCUGUUCUCGUGGCUCUGACAGUGCAUUGGAGUUUCUUUCCACUUGCAAGGUUGCAAACUUGACAAUCAGAGCAGAGCUGGGGUGUUGCUUGCUUCACCGAAGUGGGAAAUUAACCAUUGAGGGGUGCAUACUUCAGUGUGAAGAAAACCCUUUGGAUCAUCUCUCCUUCCCAAUAGUGAGCACAGCCAGCGGAUGUAGUGCAUUUGCCCCUUCAGUGAAGGGACAUGGAGACAGCGUCACAGUCGCUCGGACAAGAAUUGAAGGCGGUGCUAAGGCAGUUCGAACCAGUGGGAAUCUGGUGUUGCAGCAUGUGCGUGCCAUUUAUUCGCGAACUUCAAUCUUUUUCUGGUUUGAAGUUGGCGAACAGCAAGUAUCUGCUAAGGCAUGAUGUACAAGUAGUUUCUGUUUCUGUUCGCCUUCUAUUUGUUACAAUGGCGCCUAAUGUAUAGAUUGAUGAUGAUUCACUUAUAAAGAGCUUGUUUUCGACCUUAAACAUGAUUGCUUUGGUUAUUGACCGGCAAACCUCAUUAAAAAAAAAAACAAGCUAUAAGAUCUGUUUGUGUAUCUUA